AUGGAGACCUCGGGUGUCGGCCGCGCAGGGGUCCCCCGGGCCCCGAACCACCUGUGGCGGCAGCCCCGGCGCCCCAUCCGCAUCCAGCGGCGCUUCCACUCGGACCCGGAGCCCAGCGAGCGGCCUGCGCUCGUGAAGUCCCGGCGCUCAUGGCCCAGCUCCUUCCACCGCCGCUUUGACCUGGAAAAUGGGUUUGCGAGCAGCCGGGGCCCCCUGGACCCUCAGUCUGGCCGCGUGCUCCAGCCCCCUGGCCAGCACGGCCUGCGGCGCGAGUCCUUCCUGUACCGCUCCGAGAGCGACCAUGAGCCUUCACCCAAGGCCGUGUCCCGGAACUCCUCGGUGGCCAGCGACGUGCAUGGAGAAGACAUGAUUGUCACGCCCUUUGCUCAGGUCCUGGCCAGUCUCAGGACAGUUCGAAGCAAUGUGGCCGCCCUUGCCCAUGGCCCAGGCAGGUACGGAGAUGGGAACGGCACCGGCUCCUCACUGGGGGUCCUGCCCUGACCCGCCUGGCCUUCAGAAGAUGCUGGGCUACAGCUGGCACGGGAGACCCUGGAGGAGCUGGACUGGUGCCUGGAGCAGCUGGAGACACUGCAGACGCGCCGCUCUGUGGAUGAGAUGGCAUCCAACAAGUUCAAGCGUAUGCUCAACCGUGAGUUGACCCAUCUGUCGGAAACCAGCCGUUCAGGGAACCAGGUGUCAGAGUACAUCUCACAGACCUUCCUGGAUCAGCAGGCGGAGGUGGAGCUUCCCAGGCUGCCCAGAGAGGACACAAGGCCCAUGUCCCAGAUCAGUGCACUGCGUGGGCCCCGACCCACCGGCCUCCCCACAGCUGCGGUCCCCCGCUUUGGGGUCCAGACAGACCAGGAGGGGCAGCUGGCUAAGGAACUUGAAGACACCAACAAAUGGGGACUUGAUGUGUUCAAAGUAGCUCAGCUGAGCGGAAACCGGCCUCUCACAGCCAUCAUGUUCAGCGUCCUCCAGGAGCGGGACCUGCUCAAGACAUUCCGGAUUCCGGCAGACACGCUGCUGGCGUACUUGCUGAUGCUGGAGGGUCACUACCACGCCGACGUGGCGUACCACAACAGCGUGCAUGCUGCGGACGUGGCACAGUCCGCACACGUGUUGCUCGGCACCCCCGCCCUGGAGGCCGUGUUCACAGAUCUGGAAGUCUUGGCGGCUAUUUUUGCAUGCGCCAUCCACGACGUGGACCACCCGGGGGUCUCCAACCAGUUCCUCAUCAACACCAACUCAGAGCUGGCGCUGAUGUACAAUGACGUGUCGGUGUUGGAGAAUCAUCACCUCGCGGUGGGCUUCAAGCUCCUGCAGGCAGAAAACUGCGACAUCUUCCGGAACCUCAGCACCAAGCAGAGACUGAGUCUGCGCAGGAUGGUUAUAGACAUGGUGCUGGCCACAGACAUGUCUAAACACAUGAGUCUCCUGGCUGAUCUCAAGACCAUGGUGGAGACUAAGAAGGUGACCAGCCUCGGCGUCCUGCUCCUGGACAACUACUCCGACCGCAUUCAGGUCCUACAGAGCCUGGUGCACUGUGCAGACCUCAGCAACCCCACCAAGCCCCUGCAGCUCUACCGCCAGUGGACCAACCGCAUCAUGGCUGAGUUCUUCCAGCAGGGCGACAGGGAACGAGAGUCGGGCCUGGACAUCAGCCCCAUGUGUGACAAGCACACUGCCUCUGUGGAGAAAUCCCAGGUGGGGUUCAUUGACUACAUUGCUCACCCACUGUGGGAGACAUGGGCUGACCUGGUGCACCCCGACGCUCAGGAGCUGUUGGACACCUUGGAAGACAACAGAGAAUGGUAUCAGAGUAGGAUACCCUGCAGCCCCUCCCACACCAUGGGUCAACACUGCUCUGGCCCUGACAAGUUCCAGUUUGAGCUAACCCUGGAGGAGGCAGAGGAGGAGGAGAAUGAAGGACAGAGUCCCCUGCUCCCUGGUGCGUGUGGAGGAGCAGAUAAACAAGGUUCUCCCGUGGCCCUGGAGCGAGUGGAGCGUCACAGGUUCCUUGCGGGGGUGGCUGAGCAUCCAGGCGACAAGUUAUUCUGGUCCUUCUGCGGCGCCUCCGCAGCUGGCCAGCUGGCGCCGACCCGUCGCUCCAGAUCACCCACCAAUGAGGCCUUCCUGCUUCCUCGGAGCUCCGCCCUCAGAGGCUCACCGGCCCUGCCCCCAGAGCCUGCGCUGGCCAGUGGGACCCCUUGGCUGCCCGCUCGGCCCCUCCCACUGACGUCACGGGCUCGUUUGCAUAGAAGUCCCGCCCCUGGCUUUGCAGGACGUCAGCGAGGACUGCAGGGGCCCGAGCCUCCGCCGCCACCUGCAGCCCGCAGCCGCCCCUGGGGCCCGGUCACUAGCGCAGUCGCCAGGGUCUCCGCCGUCGGCGUCGCCUCAGCUCGGAGCGGUCAAGGUGAGCGAGCCCGCGCUUGA